AUGGACCGUAAAAAAUAUAUCUUAAGGGGCCUCGGUGCUUAUUUACCUCAUAACUUACUACCCUCGUACGCUGAAUUAGAAACCUCGUUUUUCUAUAAAUAUCACACUACACGAGCGAAACUACGGAUUCCCAAGUUGCUUCCCAAAUUGCUUACUCUCUCUCUCUCUCGUUCCCAUGGCGGUGCUCUCCAGAACCAGAUCCGGCGGGCCGAUUCUCUCCGGCGGCGCCGAGUCCCUCCGGCCAUCGUCCUCGCCCACCACGCGGGCGCCGUCGCCGCCGCCGUUCGCCUCCUCCUCCGCGUCGGCGUUCGCGUCGUCGUCCUCCCGCGAUCGGCCCCCCACCCCGCUCGCUCCGUCUCCGUCGCCGAACGCCACCUCAACCGCCGCCGCGGCGGAGGCGACGGAGCCGGCGCCGCCCAUCCGAAGACGUGCCUGUGCUCGCCGACGACGCACCCGGGAUCCUUCCGCUGCAGCCUCCACAAGGGCUACGCCGUCCCCCCCCACGGCGGCGGAGGCGGAGGAGGGCGCGGCGGGUCCGUAUCGGCCCAGCUCAACAUGCGAAGGUCGGCGAUGGCGAACUCCCUGGUCCGGAUCGGGGCCGUGGAGGGCGAGUGGGUGCGCCGGGCCCUCACCGCGCCCAUCCGCCCCUCGUCCCAUCAGCUGCGGCGCCGCGCCGCUUACCAGCCGCGGCCGAGCCGCCUCUCCACCAUGUCCGCCGCCGAAGGCGCCGACCUUUGAAACCCUGAACCCUAAUUCUCUCUCGUACCAGGUGCGUGGACAUAGAGAUCGCGAGCCCUAGUGUUUUUUUUUUUUGCCCCGAAUCAUAGGGUUUAGAUCUGUAAAAAAAGAAAAGAAAAGAGGUUUUUAACUCCUCUUUCUUUCUAUCGUGGAUUCGAGAGGUGUUGUAGAAUGAGUUCUUUUUGCAAAUAUGUUCCUUUUUGUGUGCUAAAAAAAUAUGUAUAUAUUGAGAACUGUUUUUGAGUGUGAAUUUUAGUACUUUGUA